GUCACUGCAACUUCUAUCAAAGUCAUAAACUUUGAAUUUGAUAAUAUGCCUGUAUUAGGCAUAAACUCGGUCAUCGUUGGUAUCACCAACCAGACGGUCAAAAACAUCGAAAAUGACUUAAUUCUUGAGUUCUACGUUGAGGAAAAAGUUGGAGACCACGAACCACCUAGCUUCUGGGUUGAAGCUAGGCAUAAUAUUAACAAUAAAUAUCUCUCCAAUAAAACAAACACAAUAAACCAAAAUUCCCGUUCAACCACCACAAUCCUUAUUGGUACCAUUACCUACGAAAUAUCUACAGGAAAGCAUGUAAUCAUCUUGGAAGACAUUUCUUUAAUCACCUCAAAUCGCAAUAAUUCAUCUGCCCAAUCAAUUACUUCGUCAUGGCUAUCCCAAUCAAGUAUCUCAGGCUAUGCAAGAGCGAAUUGUCAGCCAUGGGGUGCCGCUUCGAAGACUCCAAAAAAAGGACGCAAUACCUUGUCUAAUAUGGAUCCAAUGUUUGUCCCUCAAACACUUUCCACAGCUUUAGAAACCAACCCCAUUCCAAACAUGUCUACUCAACAAACACCUCAAACACCUCAAACACCUCAAACUUCUCAAACUUCUCAAAAUCCUGGAGGCGAAGGCUCACAAAACUAA